GUGAUUUUGGUUGUGGUCGUUGAUGAGGUGGCUGUUGUCGUUCUUCCUCCAACCCAGCCAGCAAGCACUCGCAGGCAGAAGCGUACACAGACACACACCAAGCACGAACAAGCGCACGCACUAGCGCAAACACGAGCGCACUCACCGACACACACGUCGCGCCCAGGCGCCAUGUCUGAUUCGUCUGUGCCGCCCUCGCCUGGGUUCUUGAUAAAGCGACGGUCCAGGGAUGCGGUGCGGUCGCAGCGCCGACGCUCGCUCCUGCACCAGUUCCCGCACUCGCUGCCCUCUGCACUGAACGACCCGCGCAAGGGCAGACAGGUGGACCUGUUCACCCGCGACUGGGGCGACAGCUUCGUGCCCACCCGCACCAAAAUCACCUUUCCUCACACGAAACGAGAGUUUCACCCACAAACAAAGGCGUCCCGCAAGCACCAUGUCGCGAGCACGACGGCGCCGUCCUCCGUCGCAUCAUCGCCGGGGAUUCCCAGGCCCACGUUUUCCGAGGACGACUCUGAAGCCGAGGCACCCUUGCGCAAACCCAGACUGCCAGAUGUGCCAUCGAUGUUUCUCAACGCCGAGUUUGACUUGAGGGACAAGGACACGUUUGACGCGGUUAUACUGGGAGGAACCCAGCGCACUCGCGACCUGCGCGCCAACACCAGACUGCGGCAGGAGAAGCUUUCGAACCAUCUCGACUCUGUGGAGAUGCAGUUGUCUAUCGAGUUGGCGCAACGAGCGCAGCGCAUCUUCGCCGCCAUGUCGUCCCACGAGGAGCUCGGGGAGAAGGUGGCGGUUGCGAGCAGGGCGGUGCACCAGUUCCGCACGCGCCUCGACGCCACCAAACAACAUGUCAAACACGCUUACAUCCGCAUGCUGCGGCUGCUGAUACAGCGGCAAAACUACAGCAACGUGCUUGCCACUCUCAGCACGGUGGCAACGGUGUCGCGCACACAGAGCACCAUCCAAUACAUGCUGGCCAGUGGGGAAUACAACAAGGCACUUGACCUCAUCCAAACGACACAGGAGGUGGUGGCAACGGACCUUAAAGGGGUACACGCGGUGCGCCACCUUGCUCACCAGCUGGCAGAGAUCAAGACGCUGAUUGCCAAGAUGGUGGACGGUGAUCUCGUGCAGGUCCUCGUCGACGCAGUUAAGUCGGUUGUGCCGCCGCUGUUUGCUGGGGAGAGCGAGGGCACACACGACGGCGCGGUGCCAUCGCUGACGCCGCUACCACCAGAGUACAACAAUGACAACGAAGAUGAGGGCGAGGAGGAUGAGGAAGGCGCGCGUGUUGAUGCGCUGCUGCAGACGAUACGCCCACUCGUUGGCGCCAUUGCACGGCAGCAGCAGAGCCAGGUGCUCGCCACGUAUGAAACGCAGCUCCUCACGUUUCUUCGCGGUCUCGUCAAGGACCUGGUGGUGGAUUUCUUGCGGUGCUGCCCAGAGAAGGCGGUGCGCAAGACCGUCGACCCAACCCAGAUUGCAUCAUGGGGUGACUCCUUGCGGCUGCUGUCCUUUGACAGCUGGAUGGUGCUGCUCGACCGCACAACGUGCGUGUUCCUGCGCAUUCUCCGGCACAUUGUGUGCAACCACGACGCGCUUGCCAUUGCUCUUCGCGAGCUUUCACCGCAGCCCUUCAGCAUGCCGCCCUCGGGCCCGCCUUCGCCCACCAAGACACGAACAGACAGCAGUGGCAGCGGUGGUGGUGAUGGUGACGGUAAUCAUGGUGAUAGUUGUGGUGGUGGUGGUGGUGGUGGUGGUGGUGGUGAUGAUGAUGAUGAUGAUCACGCCCAACCGGCAGUCUCUCACGAGAAGAGUGACAGUGCAACUGCUGAAGGCGGUGAUGGCAGCAGCAAUGGUGGCGACGGGGGCGGUCAUGGCGAUGAUGACGAGUUUGACGAUGAGUUUGUGAGCGACACCCUGGCCAACACGAUGGAUGCGACGAUGGCGGAGCUUGUGGACGUCGAUGUUCAACGGAAGAGCGGCAGCAGAAGCAAGCGGGCCAGCGGUCAGCAGCACAGUAGUAAUGGCGGUGGAAAUGGUGGUGGCGGUGGUGACUCGAGGACACAGGCACGCCGCAGCCGACAAGACAGCACCGGUCGGGGUGACAAUGACGGCGAUAGCAAUGGCAAUGGCGACAGCGGUGGUAGUGGUGGUGGUGCAGUGUUGAGUGGGGCGCAGUAUGACCGCUUGGUUGAGGCGAACCGACGGAUUGUGCGGCGUGCAGUGGAGGAGAUACACACGCGCCUGGCAAAGGUGUUCCAGGCGCGAUUGCGUGAUGGUAUCGAUGCCAAGCUUGGGGCAACCGCAUUUAUCACGUAUUACAACAAAGUGUGGGCGUUUCUGACGCAAUCGGAGGCGCUGUCUGGUUUGCACACCAACACUCUUCGCAACACUCUCAGCUCCCAGACGCGUGCAUUCGCGAGCAAAUUCCACGCGCGGGAGAUGGAGAAGCUACAGGCCAUGCUGCAGACGGAAUCCUGGUCAAUGGCGCAAGUGCCUCUGGAAUGUCAGCGGCUGUAUUCGCAACUGCUGCAUCCAACUGACACCGCAAAGCAAGAGGACAAACAACGGCAACAACACGUCGCCACGAAUGGCGACCACCCAUCAUCAUCCUCAUCAUCGACAGCGAGGAAGAAAUUGGACGUGGACGGAGAAGAACACGCAGCCAUCGGCGCGCUUCUGCUGUUCAUCAAGAUGUUGGCGGAGUACUGCCGAUGUCUCGAUGCCAUGCCGCUCGCGGCCUCUGAUCUCCUCAGAAAACUCUUUGAAAUCCUCCGCUCAUUCAAUUCGCAGGUACGGCGGCUGAUUUUGCAAGCGGAGGCAAUGCGCACGCUCGGGCUGAAGCGAAUCACCGCCAAGCACAUUGCGCUCAGCGCCGAGGCCAUCGCUGUCAUCCUGGCAGUGCUGCCCUCCAUCAAGCAGCGCAGUGCAAAGCUCGUCAGGGAUCGAUCGAAGAGCAUGUUGUCUGAGUUCAACAGCGUGCAGGAUGAGUACGCGCGACACCAGCAUGAUCUCCUCAGCAAACUCACCGUCAUCAUGGAGGACGUGUGGUCUGCAUGCGAACAGGACAUGGCGUGGCAGAAGGCGGCCGUCACCAACGGCUGCAAGACAUUCACUUCGUCGGCACAGAAACUGCACAAGGCCCUGCUGCCCAUCUUGCCCCCAGCAACGCUACAGGUCGUGUUUGCGAAUGUGAUGCGCAUGCUGAAUGAGAAGCUGACGGCUGUCUGCAAGAAGCAUGAUACAGAAAAAGACAAGCCAGCGUUUGUCGGCGUGGCUGCAGAUGUGCUACACAUGGAGAAGCAUCUGGGAACGUUGUCAUCCAUGCCCAUCUUCUUGUUACGCCAGGGCCUGUCAGAGGCGGGCGUGGUGCUACCUCCGCUUGUCGACACCAUCGCUCAGGAUGCUUGACGUGGGCGCGCGUGCGUGCAUGUAUGAAUGCGCAUGCAUGCGUACACCGUUUGAUGUCCUGGCAACUUUUCGGUACACGCAGUCCACAACGCCAGCGCAGUAAACUCUCCCUCACUCCAGUUGGAAG